CCUAUGUUUAUUUGAUAUUGCAGAUCUUAUCACACUUUUUAAAUAAAUUUGAUCAAACAUACUACAAAUUUAAAACUUUAAUUAUUUUGAAACAGAGGGAGCAGGAAGAAAAUUAUGCCAGAACACACGACCAGCCUGAAGUAUUUUGUUUUUUUGAGAGAGAACCAACGAAGACUCGACGCGGUCCGUAAUCUGUUUUUUUUUUUUUUUUGACGCGACGCAAUGGCGGUUCGACUCGACCAAACCUCGCUGCGUCGGUCGGACCGGAAGGAACAGCUGGCGUCGAUCGGUCGGUCCGUAGUCUGUACGCUACCGUAUACGUAGCGCGCACGCUACAUUAUACGGCGUAGAAUACCUAGGGCAGAUCGCAAGAUUUCUCGCGUAGAAUACCUAGCUUUUUCCUCCCAAAACCAAUCGCAAGAUUUUUCGCGCGAACUCGAAUCUCCAGCUCUCCGCUCCGAUCGCCCCGCCGCCAUGGCGCAUCACCCACGCCGCAGCUGCCUGCGCCGUGUCUUGACCAUCGCCGGCGGUGUGUCAGCCGGCCUCAUCCUGCUCGCCGGCGGCCAUACCUACGCCCACGGCCAGCUCUUCUCGCCGUCCUUGUUGCCCCACGGCCUCGGCGGCGGCGCCGACUGCUCGCCCUCCUUCGCCCCGCCGCCCUUCGCCCCGCCACCCUUCGCCCUCUCGCCGCUGCCGCCCUACCUCCUAUCGGAGGCCGAGGCCUCGCCCCCGCAGCCGGAAGCCAGCCUCCCGCGCCGCCUUCUGCCCGUUCGCCGCUCGCCGCCGCCGCCCUGCCUCCCCGCGAACUCGGGGUCGGAGGCCGACCGCUCGCCACCGCAGCACGACGACGCGGAUGCCGUCUUGCUCCCGGACGGGGAGGUCCUUCUCCUGGCUGACGCUGAGCCUGGCGCCAAGGCGACGUGCGCCUUCCAGGGUGGGGCGUCGUCCCCGGCGAGCACGCUCGGGAGGCUGCCGGGGUCGGGCCGCCACGCGUACGUAUGCCUAAUGCCAGAACCUGCCCGGAGCCUCCAGCCGCUCCAAGCGCCCCUGCUGCUCCCCGCCUCCGCUUCCUCUGCUGAUUGCCCUGACCGCACGUCGUUGCUGAAUUGGAGCGACCGGAUCGCCUUCACCUCUGCAACUCUCGACAGCGGCGAUGUCCUCGUCUUUGCAAAGGGCGUCAACCAUGCUGCUGGCGCAGUCCGGUGCGUCUAUCGCCACUGCGGCGACGCCCAUGGCGUGGUGGCAUCCUUCCCUGCCAUCACCUCCGUACAGCAGGUUACCAGGUGCCCUGCUCCACCCAUGCUUCUGAACUCCAGGAAAACAGAGUUCCGUGUCACGGUGGCAGCCACCGGCGAAGAUCCGAUCCCCUCUAUUGCAACUUAUCGUCCACAGCAGAGUGAAAGUGGCUUGGUGGUGACACCGGCCCGAAAGAACCUGAUUUGCGCUUGCACUAUGGUUCACAACGUGUCUAAGUUUCUUCGCGAAUGGGUGCUGUAUCAUGCCGCUGUCGGGGUAGACCACUUCAUCCUGUAUGACAACGGAAGUAAGGAUGAUUUUGCAGAACAAGUGGCCCACUUGAGGUCAGCCGGAAUCAGCAUCUCUACCUUGCCUUGGCCGUGGAUCAAAAUGCAGGAAGCCGGCUUCUCCCAUUCUGCUGCAACGCACCAGAGUUCUUGCAAGUGGGUGGCAUUUAUAGAUGUCGACGAAUUCAUUUUCUCGCCCAACUGGAAAGGAUCCGAGAAACCGUCAAAAUCAAUGCUUCAAGCUAUUGUUCCGGUUGAUCCAGACGUCGGGCAGGUGUAUCUGCCGUGCUUUGAUUUUGCCCCCUCUGGCCAAACAUCACACCCACAGGAGGGUGUCAUCCAAGGAUACACAUGCCGCCUGAAGAAGAUUCUCAGGCACAAAUCGCUGGUUCUUCUUGAUGCGGUGGACCAUUCUUUGGAGAACGCAAUUCACCACUUCACGCUCAAGGCUGGCUUCAGAAGCAUAUGGAACAUGCAGGCGCGUGUCAACCAUUAUAAAUACCAGGCAUGGAGUGAGUUCAAGUAUAAGUUCAAACGACGAGUAUCCGCCUACGUGGCUGACUGGAGAGAUCCGAUCAACCUUGAGUCUGCUGACCGGGCCCCCGGCUUAGGAGUUGAUGGUGUUGAACCGGUUGGUUGGGCACAAAGGUACUGUGAGGUCAAGGAUUACCUUCUUCAGGAAUUGAGUGCAAGAUGGUUUGGCACUGGACUAGGAAGUCCGGGAUCUCAGGAUACUUAGGCCUGGCUUUAUCUGUAACCUGCGGGUGUCUAGAAGGAUCUAGAGGCAUUAGAGAUGGAAUUGUAAUCUAGUUUAAACCUGUCUCCUUGCCUCCCAAGAUCAAUCUAGAAAACCGACCUGUACAUCGCUUGCCACGUUCGGCACCAAUAAAUAAACAUCAGGCGGCCUCCAAUGGAGCCCUUCAUCCACACCGCCACCGCCAUCUCUGAGAAUUCUUGUCCAGCACUGAAAAAUCCAUUCAUAAGGUUCAUAGGAUGGCAGAAUAAGUUUGCGGAAGGUAUGCUGUCCAUUUAUCCAGGAUUCCAUGGUCUGCAGUAAUAGUGGAAUCUGUCACUGGAAGUAUUAUCUAACUGAUAUAUUUCAGGUUUGGUAUCACUUAUGCUCUAGCACCAUCCCAUUGAGCCAUGAGAUCUGAACCAAUGAAUUCAGAUAACAUCUACCAUGUUUACGGAUCACUACAUUUCCUGUUGGAACAAUGCGAUAUCCCUUUUUCAGGAACCAUCUGAAAACGGGCUUCAUGCUUUUCUGAAUUAUUCAGCGGCACGCAUUACAUGCUCGCUGUUUGCUAUCCAUUUGAUCUCGUUUGUUUGAAUAGCAGAAUUGCUACCUAAAUUCUCAAAAGAAAAUUGUGCUUUCACAGUAAUACAUAUCUGUGAUGCGUACUGCAUAUUGUAUGGUACGCUAUCCACUUAUUCAGGGUCUGCAGGUGGAAUUUGUAUUGCUGGAAUUAUUAGCUAAGUGAUACAGUAUUUUUCAGCACCAUCCUGUUGUGCCAUGAGAUCUGAACCAAUGAAUUCAGAUAACAUCUACUAUGUUUACGGAUCACUACAUGUUCCAUUGGAACAAUGUUUGCUACUAAAUUCGCAAAAAAAAUCGUGCUUUUGCAUCACCAUCCUGUGGAACCACGAGACCUGAUCCAAUGAAUUUACUGAACGUUUUCUAUGUUUUAAAAAUUAUGGAUCACUACAUGUUCUACUGGAACAAGAGGGAAAGGCAAGGCCCCUGAAGUCCCAAUCCCUAUGAACAAUGCUGGAGAAGCGUAGACAAAGAAAAAGGGGUGCUUAGCUGUGUUGCAUCCGCCAUUGUUCCUUCCAGGUUUGUCCCAGGGUUCUUACUGUAAGUUUGCCCCAAUUUUUGGUUGUUUCUUUGUCUUGCUCUUCUCUUGCGUGUCCAUGCUGUAAGUUUUGGCCCAAUUAGGGCCUGAUUGGAUUGUCGUUUUUCACAGUUUUACACCUGUAAAAGAUACAGACCUGAAUCGGUCGUUUUCUUUUCCGGUUGGAAAGCACAUAUGGCUGAUGAUUUA